UCCUGCUAUCAAAUGUUUUAUGCAGAUAGUCAAGGGACAUAUAAAAUAAAGCUUCCUGGUCGAUUAACAAAUAUGGGUAAACAAAGUGCGUUCUACUAUCGCAUUAGACGUGUAUUUCAUGCGAGUGUUGUCGGUAACAUUGUGUUGGUGAUCACCAUUGUAGUUCUGUACAUCGUCCGUCAGACACUGCGUGACCAGAAUACUAUAGCAGGUGUCACCACUUCACCCAGGAUAGACGCUCGGACAGACAUCGCCGGACAGAUUUGCCUGACCUGUGACUUCCAGGGACACGACACAAGCGACACCUUGUAUGAAUUCAUAGUAAAAACUGAAAACAAUAAUACACUCUGUUGUCUGCAGCGCGAUGAUGACCUCCAGAAUCUUAUUCUUGAGCUGGUGGAGGAAAACAGCCACAACUGGUACAAUAACCCGGCAAAAACCAUAUCGGAGACACUACGAUGGUGGAUGGAGAGAAACCAUGCAGCACACCUGUACCCUAGUUUCUACCACAACGGCCAAACCUUAUCUUGGAAUAUACUGGGCAGCAAAACGUCAUUCUUACGAAAUCUGACUUUGAGUGAUGACGGAAGGAAGAUCACUUUUCCCAAGAUACCAGGCACUGGAAUGUACUUCGUCUAUGCGCAUCACACUUUUGAUUUCAUCAAAGCAGCGACCAAUAGACCAUCGCCCAUAGGAGUCCACAAUAUCUACAAGCACCGGUCGGGACUCAUAAACGGGGCUCCCAAGCGUCUAUGGACGGCAAAGUUCCUUUGUGGUGUUGUUAAAAUAAAUAUGCUUGACUCAAUAGAAUCUCAGGUGUGCUCGUUUGUACCAGCGGAGAACUGCACUAUGAAGCAUAUUGACAGAUCUCCUUAUGCUAAUUAUUUUGGCAUCUUACAACUCGUCGAGUUGUUUUGAUUAACGCACUCAUGUUGCGCUGGUGUAUUUUUCAGUUAAGUUCAAGUUUGUGGCGUUUAUUUUGUAGCAAGCCCCAUCUUUUUUGGUUCUUUGUACACCUUAUUAUAAACAUCAACACAAAGAUGCAUACAUAUGUUCGAUUUCUGGCA